AUGGUGAGGACAGGAGGUAGCGGUGGUGGAGGUGUUGAUAAGGAUGGUAUUGACCACCAAAGUGCCAAACAUUUAUUGGAUAGUAUAGGGAAAAAAGUACACGACCAAGUGAAAAAUGGUGCUGAUGGUACUGGUGCUAGUGGUGAUGCUAAAAAUUAUAUUGAUGAUUUGAAAGGAGAUUUGCAGAAAGCACCAAAUAUUAACCCGAAAUUAAUUGGCACCGAUGAUCCAUGCAAACUUGUAGAGGAUUAUUAUAAUAACCAUGUUAAUGGCGAUGGUAAGGGUGAAAGGUAUCCGUGUACAGAGUUAAGUGGAAAAAAGUUUCAAAACCCUUUUUCGGAUACACUUGGUGGUCAGUGUACUAAUAGUAAAAUGCGUAGUGGUUGUGAAGGAGCUUGCGCUCCAUACCGACGUCUACAUUUAUGUCAUCAUAAUUUGGAAAGUAUAGAAACAACGUCGAAGACGGCUAGUGACACGUUGUUGUUAGAGGUGUGUAUGGCAGCAAAAUAUGAAGGACAAUCAAUAAAUACACAUUAUACAAAACAUGAACAUUCAAAUAAGGAUUCUCCUUCCCAAUUAUGUACUGUAUUGGCACGAAGUUUUGCAGAUAUAGGGGAUAUCGUACGCGGUAAAGAUUUAUUUUAUGGUAAUACAUAUGAAAGUGCACGAAGAGAAAAAUUAGAAAAUAAGUUGAAAGAGGUUUUUGGGAAAAUACAUGGUGGAUUGUCGGAGGAAGCAAAAAAAAAAUACCAAGAUGGUGAUGGAAAUUAUUAUCAAUUAAGAGAAGAUUGGUGGACGGCGAAUAGAGAAACGGUAUGGAAAGCUAUCACGUGUGAAGUUAAGAGUGGUAAUAAUUAUUUUCGAGCAACAUGUGGUGAUGAAAAGAACCCAAGUCUGACUUCUAAACAAUGCCGGUGUGAUAAGGACAAGGCCGGAAAGCCCAUCAAGGGAAGUGGCAACGUAAAUAUUGUCCCCACAUAUUUUGACUACGUGCCGCAGUAUCUUCGCUGGUUCGAGGAAUGGGCCGAAGAUUUUUGUAGAUUAAGGAAACAUAAAUUAAAAGAUGCUAUAAAAAAAUGUCGCGGAAAAAAUGGUGAAGAAAAAUAUUGUGAUCUUAAUAGGUAUGAUUGUAAAAACACAGCUAGCGGAAAACAUGUUUUUUUUGAAGAUUUUGAUUGUAAAGAUUGUCAGUAUUCGUGCGCUCCUUUUGUGGACUGGAUAGAUAACCAAAAACUAGAAUUUCUAAAACAAAGAAAAAAAUAUACAAAAGAAAUAACAAGUGGUGGUAGUUGUGGUGGUAGUGGUAGGAAAAAACGGGAUGCAACUACUACUAAUUAUGAAGAGUAUGAAAAAAAAUUUUAUAAAGAACUGAAAGGAACUAAAUAUAAAGUUGUCAAUAACUUUUUAGAAAAAUUAAAUGAUGAAGAUGUAUGCACAAAAAAUAAUGACAUAAAAGAUGGAGGAAAUAUCGAUUUCAAAAACGUUCAUAGUGGUAGUGCAAAAAAGGGUGAUGGUAAUAAUAAAACAUUUUAUCGUACAAAAUAUUGCGAAGCAUGUCCGUGGUGCGGGGCGGAAAAAGUAGAAGGUGGAUGGAAAGCUAAAGAAGAAAACUGUUCACAAACAAAGGAUUACGAUCCUGAUAAAACUACCACUAUAGAAAUACUUACCGGUGAUACAAGAAAAAGUGAUAUGGUACAAAAAUAUAAAAAGUUUUGUAAUGGUAAUGGUGGAAAUGGUGAAAAAAGUGCAACUCCUAAUGCAACUAGUCGUGAAAAAGGUAAAAAGGGUGAUCAAAUGGAAAAAUGGAUAUGUUAUUAUGAUGAAAAUAAAGAGAAAAAGUAUGGCAGUGAUGCCAUUAAUUUUUGUGUACUACAAGAUGGAAAACAGCAUAGGAAGGAACAAAAGGUUACGUCCUAUAAUGCAUUUUUUUGGAAGUGGGUUCAUGAUAUGUUACAUGAUUCUGUAGAGUGGAGAGAAAGACUUAAUAGUUGUAUAAAUAAUGCCAAAUCACAAAAUUGUAAAAACAAUGAGAAAUGUAAUAAAGAAUGUGGUUGUUUUGAAAAAUGGGUUAAACAAAAAAAAGAAAAGGAAUGGGAGGCAAUAAAAGACCAUUUUGGCAAGCAAAAAGAUAUUAUAGAGCAAACAGGAUGUGAUGCUGGCGUAACUCUUGCAGCUGUUUUGAAAUUAGAAUUUUUGAAUGAAGAUACCGAAGAAAAAUCCGAAAAAGGUCUGGAUGCAGAGGAGGCAAAGGAAAUAAAACACCUUCGCCAAAUGUUGGAACAAGCAGGCGUUCGUGAUCUUGCUGCUGUUGGUGGUCCGUGUACUGAAGGUGGUGUCGCUGAACAGAACACUAUAAUGGAUAAAUUUCUCGAUGAGGAAUUAAAAGAAGCAGAACAAUGCAAAAACUGCCCAAAACCAAAAGCACAACAAGAAGGUCCUGGUGGCGCUCGUUCCGCCGACUCACCACCUGCCGGCACAGAAGACCACCCCGACGCCGAAGACGAUGAUGACGAAGACGACGAUGACGACGACGAUGAAGACGAAGAAGAAGAGGAGGAGGAAGAGGAUCCGCAAUGUAAAACAGUGAAUGAUAUACUUAGCACAGAUGAUAGAACGAAACAAGUAGGAGAUUGUCAUGAAAAAAAUUAUGGUAAGAAUGGUCCCGAUUGGAAAUGCGGAGAUCUAACAUUAGUGGACGACACGAAAGUAUGUAUGCCUCCUAGAAGACAAAAACUAUGUUUAUAUUAUAUAGCACAUGAGAGUGAAACAAAAAAUAUAGAAACACAAGAUGAUUUAAGAGACGCUUUUAUUAGAACUGCAGCAGCAGAAACUUUUCUCUCAUGGCAAUAUUAUAAGAUUAAGAAUGGUGCUGACGCUAAACAAUUAGAUAAUGGCACUAUCCCUGAAGAAUUUUUGCGAUCCAUGUACUUUACAUAUGGAGAUUAUAGAGAUAUAUGUUUAAAUACAGACAUUUCAAAAACAGUAAAUGAUGUAGCUAAGGCAAAAGAUAAAAUAGGUAAAUUUUUCUCAAAAGAUGGCAGCAAAUCUCCUAGUGGUACAACUACACCGCAAGACUGGUGGCAAACAUAUGGAAAAGAUAUUUGGAAAGGAAUGAUAUGUGCCUUAACACAUGGAGUCACAAAUACGGAGAAAAAAACAAAAAUCAAAAACGACUACUCAUACGAUAAAGUGAACCAAUCCCAAAAUGGCAACCCUUCCCUUGAGGACUUUGCUAAAAAACCUCAAUUUUUACGUUGGAUGAUAGAAUGGGGAGAAGAGUUUUGCGCCGAACGUGGGAAAUUAGAACAGAAUAUAGGGAAAAGUUGUAAUGGAAUAAAUCCUAUUCAGUAUUGUAGUGAUAACAGACAUCCUUGUAACAAAGCAUGUGAUGAAUAUAAAAAUUAUGUUGAAACAAAACAAAAAGAAUUUAGAGGACAAACUACUAAAUUUGUUAGAGAUGCAAACUUGGAAAAUGCAGAUCAAGAAUAUAAAGAUUAUAAGACAACACAAGGUCCAUCUAAACAGGGGAAUGAUUAUCUGAAAGAUAAAUGUGAUAAUAAAAAAUGUUCUUGUAUGGAAGGAAAUGUUCUUACAGACGUGUCAAGUAAAAAACCGUUUGGAAUAUAUGCCCAUAAAUAUUCUGAGAAAUGUAAUUGUCUUGGUGCAAAAUUCGUACCUACGAAUGUACCACCUGCACCACCACCACAACCACCACCUCCACCAGCGAUACCAGCACCAGCAACAACACCCGGGGUGAAUCCAUGUGAAAUAGUAAACACACUAUUUAGUGACACAAACAAAUUUAAAGACGCAUGUACCCUCAAAUAUGGCCCAAAGGCACCCACAAGUUGGAAAUGUAUACCAACAGGAAACACAAGUAAUGAGGGUGCAGCCACAGAUAGUGAGGGUAGUGACGCCAAAAGUCGUCACAAACGUGAUCUCGCCCCAUCUAGUGGUAGUAACCAGGGUUCCAUUUGUGUGCCACCCAGGAGGCGAAAAUUAUAUGUCACACCACUAACGAAGUGGGCGGAGGAGACCACGAAGGGGUCGAAGUCACAGGAGAGUGGUAAGGCAGAAGGUACUAGUGAGAGUAGUGGUAGUGAAGCGUCGUCACCAGGUGGAACGUCGUCACAAGGUGAGAAGUCACCACAAGGUCUUUCCACUCCGGCGUCAACUUCGUCGCCGUCCAACUCACGCGACGACGACUUGCUUAAAGCCUUCGUGGAAAGUGCUGCUGUGGAAACUUUUUUCUUAUGGCAUAAGUAUAAAAUGGAUAAACAAAAGGAAUUGGACGAAAAGAAAAAACAACAACGAGAAAGUGGAUUAGUAGGUGCCCUCGACGGAAACAGUGGAAACGUCGACGACGAAGACAAAGACCCCCAAAAGAAAUUAGAAAAAGGAGAUAUCCCUGAGGAGUUUAAACGUCAGAUGUUUUAUACAUUAGGUGAUUAUAGAGAUAUUUUGGUACGAGGUGGUAACACAAGUGACAGUGGUAACACAAAUGGUAGUAACAACAACAAUAUUGUGAUUGAAGCAAGUGGUGACAAACAGGAUGAAAUGAAGAAAAUACAAAAAGCUAUAGAUGAACAUAUAAAUAGUCUCAAACAAGCUGCUAGUGUCCCCAACCCUCAACGCCCCGGCCAACAACAACAAAAUAGUAGUUUAACACGUGAAACCUUGUGGAAAGAACACGCCCCUUCCAUUUGGGAAGGAAUGAUAUGUGCACUAACAUACAAAGAAAAUGACGAAAAAAAAAUAGUAAAGGAUAAUGAAGUGUACGAGAAAUUUUUUGGCACCACCCCUGGCACAACUAGUGGCAAAUACAAAGAAAAAUACGAAUAUAACACCGUCAAACUCGACGAAAAUAGUGACACAGAAGCCAAAGACACUAAAGCCACAGCCCCUAGUGAUAACACCCCCACAUUCCUAUCCCACUUUGUGUUACGCCCCCCUUAUUUCCGAUACCUUGAAGAAUGGGGCGAAACAUUUUGUAAAGAAAGGAAAAAGAAGUUGGCACAAAUUAAAGUGGAUUGUAAAGUGGAUAGUGCUGAUUACAAAUGUAGUGGUUAUGGGGAAGAGUGUAAAAUAGAAGAUAUAUCAAAUAUAGGAGUUUUUGCGGAUUUAAAAUGUCCAGGUUGUGGAAGAGAAUGUAGAAAAUAUAAAAAAUGGAUAGAAAGAAAAAAAAUAGAAUUUGGGGAACAAAAAAGUGCAUAUGUUAAACAAAAAACAAAAUGCAAAGAGGAAAGUGGGGGUGGUGGUAAUGGAGUUUGCGGAACAGUAAAAACGUGCGAUACAGCUGCACAAUUUUUAGAAAGGUUAGGACCAUGUAAAAAUAAUGAUAAUGGAGAAGGUAAAAUAGAGUUUAAUGAACAAAGUGAAACAUUUAAACAUACAAAACAUUGUGAUCCAUGUUCUUCAUUUAAAAUAGAUUGUCGAAAUGGUAAAUGCAAGAGUGGUGAUACAAAAGGGAAGUGCGAUGGAAUAACGACUAUUGAUGCAAAAGAAAUUGCAAAAAUGAUAAGUUCUACUCCAGAUGUUGUUAUGCGUGUUAGUGAUAACGAUACAAACACAUUUGAAGGUGAUGAUUUAAAGGUUUGUGAAGGUAAAGGUAUCUUUAAAGGCAUUAGAAAAGAAGAAUGGAAAUGUCGUAAUGAAUGUGGUUUAGAUGUAUGUGGUCUUAAAAAAGGAGAUAAUAAUGGUAAAUUAGAUGAUAAACAAAUUAUAUUAAUUAGAGCAUUGAUUAAAAGAUGGUUAGAAUAUUUUUUAGAAGAUUAUAAUAAAAUUAAACAUAAAAUUUCUGAUUGUAUAAAUAAUGGUGAAGGAAAUAUAUGUAAAAGAGAUUGUCAAAAUAAAUGUAAUUGUGUUGGAGAAUGGAUAAAGUUGAAAAAGGAAGAAUGGGAAAAAAUAAAAAAACAUUACCUAGAAAAAAAUAAAGAGGGUGACAAUGACAUGAAAUCUUCGGUUAGAAAUUUUUUGGAGAAAUUUGAACAUCGACCUGAAUUUAACAAAGCUAUAAAACCUUGUAAAGGUUUAACGCAGUUCGAGAGUUUUUGUGGUCUUAAUGGCGAUAAACCCUCACAAAAUGGUCAUCAGGAUGCUAUAGAUUGUAUGAUUAAAAAGCUUGAAGAUAAAAUAACAUCUUGUUUAUCCUCAACUAGUGGCGAACAAACAGAAACAGAGUGUCAGGAACACACACCCCUACCUGAUGAUGAGGACUUACUCCUUGAAGAAACUGAAAACCCAGUGGGAAAACAACAACCAUCAUUUUGUCCGAAAGUGGAAGAAAAAAAAGAAACAGUGGAUGAAGGCAAGUGUGGCGAAGACACUUCUGAACCCAAAAAAACGGAAGAUGAAGAAUCUAAAAAAAAAAAAGAUGAAAGUACCCCAGAUUCACCAGAACCACCUCCUCCAGCAACCCCGGAAGCACCAAAAGAAGAAAAAAAAGUGGAACCACAACCCCAACCACAACCAACAACCCCCCAAAUAGUGGAUAAAACCCCCGCCCUUGUGACCUCCACCCUCGCCUGGAGCGUUGGCAUCGGUUUUGCGGCAUUCACUUAUUUUUUUCUAAAGAAAAAAACCAAAUCUACUAUUGAUCUUUUGCGUGUCAUUAAUAUCCCCAAAAGUGAUUAUGAUAUACCGACAAAACUUUCACCCAAUAGAUAUAUACCUUAUACUAGUGGUAAAUACAGAGGCAAACGGUACAUUUACCUUGAAGGAGAUAGUGGAACUGAUAGUGGUUACACCGAUCAUUAUAGUGAUAUUACUUCAUCUUCCGAAAGUGAAUAUGAAGAAAUGGAUAUUAAUGAUAUAUAUGCACCACGUGCUCCUAAAUAUAAAACAUUGAUAGAAGUAGUACUUGAACCUAGUGGUAACAACACAACAGCUAGUGGUAACAACACAACAGCUAGUGGUAACAACACAACAGCUAGUGGUAACAACACAACAGCUAGUGGUAAAAACACACCUAGUGAUACACAAAAUGAUAUACAAAGUGAUGGUAUACCUAGUAGUAAAAUUACAGAUAAUGAGUGGAAUACAUUGAAAGAUGAAUUUAUAUCACAAUAUAUACAAAGUGAACAACCAAAGGAUGUACCAAAUGAUUAUAGUAGUGGAGAUAUUCCAUUCAAUACACAACAUAAUACUUUAUAUUUUGAUAAACCUGAUGAGAAACCUUUUAUUACUUCUAUUCAUGAUAGAAAUUUAUAUACUGGGGAAGAAUACAAUUAUGAUAUGAGUACUAACAGUGGUAAUAAUGAUUUAUACAAUGGUAAAAAUAAUUUAUACAGUGGUCAAAAUAAUGUAUACAGUGGUAUUGAUCCAACAAGUGAUAACCGUGGUCUAACAAGUGGCAAACAUGAUUCAUAUAGUGGUAUCGAUUUAAUUAAUGAUACAUUAAGUGGUAAUCAACAUAUUGAUAUAUAUGAUGAAGUUUUGAAAAGAAAAGAAAACGAAUUAUUUGGUACAAAUCAUGUGAAACAUACAACAAUUAACCGUUUCGCCAAACCUGCACGUGACGACCCCCUACACAACCAACUGGAACUAUUCCAUACAUGGCUAGAUAGACAUAGAAAUAUGUGCGAGAAAUGGAAUAAUAAAGAGGAACUAUUAGAUAAAUUAAAAGAAGAGUGGGAAAAUGAGACACAUAGUGGUAACACUCACCCUAGUGAUAGUAACAAAACGUUAAAUACUGAUGUUUCUAUUCAGAUAGAUAUGGAUAAUCCUAAACCUAUAAAUCAAUUUACUAAUAUGGAUAUAAACGUGGAUACACCUACUAUGGAUAAUAUGGAAGAUGAUAUUUAUUAUGAUGUAAAUGAUCAUGAUACAUCAACUGUGGAUAGUAAUACUAUGGAUGUUCCUAGUAAAGUACAAAUUGAAAUGGAUGUAAAUACCAAAUUGGUGAAAGAGAAAUAUCCUAUAGCGGAUGUAUGGGAUAUAUAA